UUAUUGAAAUAUAAUAUUACCAAUGAUAUUAGUCAAUAUCAAAUCAUAUUUUGAAGAGUUGUUUUAAGGAGCUGUAUUUUUAUAAUCUCUACAAAGUGUGCAAAUAUUUAAUAAGAAAAGCUUUAUACCAUGAAUACCGAUUUACUAUUAAAAAUAAUAGAUAACAAUCCAAGAUAUCGCGAGCUUAUGAGAAAAUAUUCAAGGGCCGCGCAUAUCGAAAAACGGAACAUCCGCAACAUCCUUUUGGUCUACCAUAGAUUCGUUACUAUCAAUGGGGGCCGCUCGAUGUCUCAAAAGCAGUUCAUAAAACUGUAUCAAAUCUAUUUUAACAUCCCCGAUGUGCAUUGGGCCCAAUCUAUUGUCGACCACGUUGAUCCAAAAGCAAAACACACCAUCUCCCCGGAGGGUUUUCUGAAGUUCAUGAAUGUUUGUUUGAAUAACUCCUUCGAGGAUAAAGUUAUGUUUUGCUUCCAGUUUUCAUCGAAGGUAUAUGAUGGCCACAAAACUGGGUUUAUUACAAGAGCGAAGUUAAUUAGAACAUACCGCAACAUGCUAUAUUCAGCCGACUGGGAAGAAGUUGAGGAUCUCGUUAUUGACUUCGUAGAUUUACUUAUAAAAAAGAUGGAUCACGACCGUGAUGGGAAAAUUUCAUUUUAUGAUUACGCAAAAGCUGUGCGGAUGAAUCCAGGAUUACUUGAAUUCAUGGGUCCAGUCAUUCCAGAUCGCGAUAUCCUUGUUGACAUUUUUGGGUAGGAUUUUGUCGUUAGUGUGAACAAUUUGUUUUUAAUUGUUUUACUAAUAAAAGUUAACGAGUGUUUAACUUACCAAAUGAUGAGGAA